GCUACUUUCAGCCUCACUAUUCCUAUUCAGCCGCGCUCAUGAUCUCUGAAGAUUUGCGCGAUGCAUCGCAUUUUAUUGUCUGACCACCGUUGCUCAUGAUCCUGUACAGACAACCGUAACACGUUAUCAAUUGAUGAUAAUACGGCCCCUGGUAAUAUUGAUAACAGGACAGGGUGCGAGAUCAAAUGUCAUCGGGCAUCUUAAUUUGACCAACAUUGUAUAAACCUAUUAUCUUCAUGAUUAUAUUGAUAUUAUAAUACCUAAUUUUCAUUUCUCCGUUGGUCUCUGCGACUCUUCCUCAAGAGAUCCUUCACGAUAGCUCCUUUUCCGGCCUCUUCUGGGAUUAAGACCCGAACGUUCAUUUCAACGAUGGGGCUCACUCGGCCUCAGUGUCUCGUCUGCGACGUAGCCGAAGGCAAAUACAAAUGUCCCCAAUGUAAUUUAUACACGUGUUCGCUUACAUGCUUUCGCGACCAUCGUGAUAAUCAUCCACCUGUGGAUUCUGAUACGGUGAAACCGAACGAUGCCAUUACAGGGUCUAUGAAUAAUACCAAAUCUUCAGAAGAAUCACAUGACCCUACAAAUUCUCAAGAGAACACUACGCAACUGGCCACUAUUGCCGAUCUGCCAGAGUACAAGACACUCAUUCAGAGAUAUCCCAACCUAGAGCGCCUACUUUGGAAUAUUGCCGCAGCUACAGACCCACCAGAUACCAGCAGUAGGAACGGUGGAAACCCAUAUGGCCACAAUAAAGGUCACCGUAAGGCGAAUCAGCCGUGGACGAAGGAUGCGGGUUAUGAGAAUGGUGUGGCGGUACUCCGUCGGACACGAGACAAUCCCGGUGAUGAUAGGGACGCCCUCCGGGAGUAUUGUGAGCUAGUCCGAAUCUACUCUGCCAAAAAGGAAUCAGCGAACUCGGAGGCCGACAUCCGACAGCAGAUCGCGAGGGAAAACGCCAAAGCUAUCGGGGAUCUUCUCCGCGUCGAGAGGUCUGAAUCAUCUAAGUAAUGGGCUUUCCUCCCCACGAAAUCAGAGUUGUCAUAGGACAACGAGUACUAUAGCCGCGGGACGCGUUAAUUCCCAAUCCCCGUAUCUACCUGUUAAGCACCUAGGUAUGCAGCAUAAAUACCUACAUAUGAGAAUGGAAUAUUACCUGACUAGUCUUGUCUAUCGACGGUGAGCAGACAAGGAUACUGCCUUGCUUGUGUGUAAGCAGACUACAUAAAUGCUGGGUCCUGAACAACUCCUUAGAAUUGGGUAACGGUUCUAAUGAGUGGUUCGGGUUAGGACUCUACGGCAUUUCUAAAUCAUACUCUCUUCGAUCAACCCUCUGAGCAAGCUGUUGCUACAGCGCAGACAAUAGUGAAUAGACAGAUAGGUUAUCGAAAAUUCACCUCUUCUGUGUAGGGGUUUGCCUACAUAGUAGUGUCCAUUAGCUGCUCUGAAUUGAGACAGCUGUGUACGCUUUCUAUUGUUUGAG